AUGCCAUCCGAAAAACGUGUCAAAUAUAUUCUCGUAACCGGUGGUGUGAUUUCUGGAGUUGGAAAAGGAAUCAUCUCUUCAAGCUUGGGUGUACUUCUCAAAAAUAAUGGGUACAAGGUGACAGCCAUCAAAAUAGACCCAUAUUUGAAUGAAGAUGCUGGAACAUUCUCACCAUAUGAACACGGCGAAGUAUUUGUUCUUGAUGAUGGCGGUGAAGUUGAUUUAGAUUUGGGAAAUUAUGAAAGAUUCUUGGAUAUUCGUGUGACUCGCGAUAAUAAUAUUACAACUGGAAAAAUGUUCAAACAUGUAAUGGAACGAGAAAGAAGAGGAGAUUAUUGUGGAAAAACUGUUCAAAUGAUUCCUCAUUUAACUGAUGCAAUUGUUGAUUGGAUUGAAAGAGUUGCUCAGAUUCCAGUUGAUGGAACUAAUGAGAAACCUGAUGUUUGUAUUAUUGAAUUAGGUGGAACUAUUGGAGAUAUCGAAGGAAUGACAUAUUUAUCAGCUUUUGAACGUUUCCAAAGACCAACUCUUAAAAACGCUUUGAUGAAUGUUCAUGUUUCUCUUCUACUUCAUCCAAAUGCAACUGGAGAACCAAAAACAAAACCAAUGCAAAAUUCAGUUCGUCAUCUUCGCGCAGCUGGACUUGUUCCAGAUUUAUUGAUUUGUCGCUCGACAGAUGUUCUUGAAGAUAGUCUUCGAGAGAAAAUAGCCCGUUUUGGAAUGUUGGAUUUGGAUCAAAUUGUUGGUGUUCACGAUGUAUCCAAUAUAUACAAGGUUCCACUUUUGUUAGAACAACAAGGAGUUUUGGAAGCGAUUUCGAAAAGAUUACAAUUGCAUCCAGUUGAUGAGAAAGUCAGAAAAGAAUUGAAAUUCAAUAUGACACAUUGGACACAUUUAUCGGAAUUGUGAGUUUGAAAGAAGAUAUUAGGAUUCCUGAAUCGAGAUUAGCUGGUAACAUUUUCGUAUAAAAGGGUAUCUUGGCGUAUCCAAACUUACGUGCAAAAGUCUCCUCCAAAAACAAGAAAAAAUUUCAAACUAAAAUAAUUUUCUAGAUGUGACACAUUCAAAAAUGAGGUCAACAUUGCUUUGGUUGGAAAAUACGUCAAAAUAGCAGAUGCUUAUGCAUCAGUCAACAAAGCCCUUUCACAUGCCGCAAUUCACUCAAAAAGAAAGUUGAACUUGAAAUAUGUUGAUGCUGAAUUGCUUGAAAACAAAAAAGGAUUUGAGGAACAAUCUGCAGCUGCAUGGGCAACACUCAAAGAAGCACAGUGAGUUAGACUAACCUUUUUCAUGGUCUGGUUGAAAAAAUUUUGUCGUGGGAUGCGUUCUCAUUUUAAAACAAAAAUGAAAAAUUCAAAUAAAUGAAUUCACGUAUUUGAGUAAACUAUUUUUCUAGUUCACGCUGUUUCGCUUAAAAUAUUCAGCGAAGCACUUUUUCAUUACUUGAAAAUAAAAAUCUUCCAAACCUGUUUGUUUCAGUGGCGUCAUCGUUCCGGGUGGAUUCGACAAACGUGGAGUUGAAGGAAUGAUUAUUGCUGCCGAAUAUUGUCGUUUGAACAAAGUUCCAUAUUUGGGAGUUUGUUUGGGAAUGCAAGUGGCGGCUGUUGAAUUUGCAAGAAAUGUUUUGGGAAUCAAAGGAGCUAAUUCGUGUGAAUUUAGUCAAACUUUGAAUGAGGAUGAGCAAAUUGGUAUGGUUUAAAAAAUGAAGGAAAAAAACGUUUUGACAAAAAAAAUUCAAAAAAAAACUAGAGAAAUAAAUUCAGAUUUGGAAUUUCAGGAGAGCUUAAACUUUGAAAUGACUUUUCGAAUUAAGAAUUAUCAUUCCCACUCUUCACUUGAUUUCACAAUCUGCUGUAAAAACGCAAUAACUGAUAGUCUCAAUUAAAAAUGCCUGUGACUGCUCAAUCAUUCCUUUUUAUACGAAAAAAUAAAUCAGAAAAAUUGUUGUAAACACCUGAUAAGCCAGCCCAAUACAUUAAUUACAGUAAUCGAUAUGCCUGAACACAAUGUUGAAGAAAAAGGAUUGGGCGGAACAAUGCGUCUCGGACGUCGUUCAACUGUAUUUUUGACUGAUGAUUGUACACUCCGUUAGUUUUUUUUUCGUUGAUAAGCAGAAAAUCAAUAAUUCAAUUAUUAUUAAUUUUCAGAUAAACUAUAUGGUGCACAUGUUGUUGAAGAAAGACAUCGUCAUCGUUAUGAAGUCAAUCCACGUGUUGUUCCUCAAAUGGCAAGAAAAGGUUUCCUUUUUGUUGGAAUGGGAGUCGAUGAACAAAAUACUGAAAUAUGGGAUGUGAAAAAACGAACUGAUAGUUCAACACAACUUAUGAAAUUGGCUGAUCAAAUUGAUCAAGAUUUAUUGAACAAAAUUGAUGAUUUGUGUCAAAGAGGAGGAGAUGGUGUAACUCGACCGGCUGUUCGAAUGGAAAUGUUUGAAUUGAAGGAUCAUCCAUAUUUUGUUGGUGCACAAUUCCAUCCUGAAUAUUUGUCGCAUCCAUUGACGCCAAGUCCACCGUUCUUCGGAUUGUUGUUGGCUGCAACUGGACAAUUACAGGUGAGGAGAAAACGAGAGAAAAUGAAAUGAGACAAAUUUCGUAAUGAUUGUUCAAUUUUGAAAUUUCUGACCCAAAAUCAGUUAUUUUAAUUGGAAAUAUUAUAUUUUUCACAGGAACGCGCCUCUUUUUGAAAACUGAAAAAAUAUUGUUUAGAAGCUGUUUAUGAGAAAUAAAUAUUUCAGAGCUAUUUAUCUGGCUCGAGUUCGCCAGUUCUUUCCUCAGUUCACGAAGAUCAAGAAACUAAAGAAAAUAGCAAAUUCCAUGAAGAUGUAAUCGGUGAGAUUCUUGGAAAAUUGAAAUUGGAAGGAAAUGUUGUUGCUGGAACUCAAAGACUCGCCCAAUUCCAAUAA